UUAAUAUAAAAUAAGGAAUAGUUAAUACGUAUUGUGUAAAGUUUAAGUCUGAAUUUUUAAUGUUUUCAUGUAUUUUUCAAUAUGGAAUUUAAUUUAUUUUUUAUAAUUAAUUUACUGUUUGUUUUUACGGUUAAUGCUUACAUUGAAGUCGAUUACGAUCGCACGAAUGUUUUUGAUCCUAAAAUAUACGAAGAUGUGUUGAAUAAAGAACAAUGUGACCAACAAAUUAAGUAUAUUGUGACAAAUGCCAUCUUGCUUCGAUUUUUGGAUGCCAGUUUGAGAAUACCAAGAAGUUUACAAAAAGGAAAUUUAGUGGAUUUAGGCAGUUACUAUGAAUGUUUAGGAAUAAAGAAGAACGAAGGGGAUAUGAAUAUAGAAGGAAAAUUCUGUAUGAUGAAAAUACCACUAGGUCAAAAUAUUAGUUUGGACAGACACUCAACAAGAUUCCCAGAAAUACCAUGGCCAGAAAUAAAUCCAAAUAUACUAAAUAUUGAUGAUAAAACUCACAAAGAUCUGUUAUCGCAAAGAGAAUUAAAGAGAAAACUUCAAAUAUUGGGUGGAAUCACACCAGAAUCUAUAAAGAGAGAUGAUGAUGAGAAUCCACUGUCUGAUAUCAGCAUAGAAUUAGCAGUGUGCAUACCAAAGACCUGUUCUUUACAGAAUGCACUUAACACUGUACUAGAUCUCCAACCAACUGAUUUGCAAAUUGAAGAAGCAUAUUGUAGACUUCCUAAUGAUAAACCGUGGGUUGCUGCAGAUUACGUUGCUUUAGGUAUAUUUAUAUGCCUUGGUGUUCUUAUUGCACUAAGCACGGCUUAUGAUCUCCGACAUCAAAUAUUCUUAAAGAAAGAUCCGAAAACGGCCAAUAAGCUUGCUCUGUCCUUUUCCGUCUAUACCAACACUCUACGAUUGGUGACCUACAAACCAGUACCAGGAGCUCUGGAAUGCUUGGAUGGUAUCAGAGCGUUCGCAAUGAUAUGGGUCAUCAUUGGGCACACGUUUGUAAAUCAAUUGUCAACGGCUACAUUGCAUAAUCCUUUAGAUGCUAAAAAUUUCGCACUGUCAUUUUGGUCACUAUGGAUAACAGCUGCUCCUAUCACAGUCGACACAUUCUUUGCGCUUAGUGGUCUUUUAUUGGUUUAUACUACAGCAGGCAAAAUGACAGGAUUAAAACUCGUGAAGAACUUGCACCUGUUCUACUUAAACCGAUAUCUGCGUUUAUUCCCCGUGCUGGCCGCUUGCAUACUUCUUCAGGCGUCACUGUUCCAUCGAGUGUCAGAUGGACCCGCGUGGGAGGCAGUUGCUGGACAAACAGACCGAUGUAGACAAUAUUGGUGGACUACGUUAUUGUACAUACAGAACUAUUACAACCCCAAUUACAUGUGUGUUCCACAUAGCUGGUAUCUGGCAAUAGACUUCCAACUCUUCUUGAUAUCUCCUCUUAUCCUCUUCUGGGUGGUUAAUGGCACAAGAAAAUCAGCUUGGACUACAUUGGUUACCGCUCUUCUGGCCUCUCUCACAGGAGCUAGCAUAUAUAAUUUUACGAUUGGAUUCAAAGCCGGACCUGUUACUUUUGGUCCCGAAAGAGAAGGUCAGCCAAAUUAUUUGAUGUAUUAUUACGUGAACACUCUUACUAGAGCACCACCCUUCUUCGUUGGAAUGAUAUUUGGAUACAUUCUACAUAUUAAUCGCGGGAAGAAGUUAGUUAUACCGAAAGUACAAGUUGCUCUAUUCUGGUUUCUGGCUAUAAUUUUGUCAUCUGCAGUAAUAUGUAGCAAUUAUCCUAUUUUACAAGAAGACUGGGACUAUCAUACUGUUGAUGAUAUACUGAAUUCUUACAUGAGAUCAGUUUGGGCUUUGAGUGUUUGUUGGAUGAUCUUGGCCUGUGCACACGGAUAUGGAGGUCCUAUUAAUUGGAUCCUCUCACAUCCCAUGUGGAAGAUAUUGGGAAGACUGUCUUAUGCCAUGUAUCUUUUCCACUAUCCACUUAUAAUCGUUGUUAAUGGAAACUCAGUUGUACCUGUCUAUUUUUCUACUGAAGUAUCUAUUCAAAAGUUUAUGGCUGACUUUGUAAUAGCAAUUUUGGCUGCAUAUCUAAUUACGAUGUUUGUUGACGCACCAUCCUCUGUCUUGAUUAAGCAUUUCAUGGGAGGAGCAGGAGGUAAGAAGAGGCAAGAACCGGUAAAACCAUUGAACGGCAUUAACUCAGCAGCGGAGAACAAAAUUAACGGCAACCUGGAGGCACCAAACCACCAAAUCGUUAAUAAAACUAAUAAAUAAUUUAUUAGAUUA